GACCCGUAGCUGUUCUCUUUUCCUCCACGUCAGCUGCAUCUGCGCACUGCUCUCAUCCACACAUACAUCAAGUUUUUUACACUGGGAAUCGGACAGUAAAAUCUUUCCCGACGUGACAAUUAUCGCAUGGAGUGAUGUUUAAGAAACUGAAGCAGAAGGUGAAAGAGGAUCAGUCGCCUCAGCGGAGCAGCGCGCAGGCGCAGGUGAGUUCAGGAGAGAGGCGUACUCAACCCCCUGUCCCGUACCAAGAUGCCCCGGCCUCCCCCAACGACAGAGAGCUGCUGGCUGGGAUGAUAGCAGAACCUGCUUUUCUCUCUGAGUAUACUAUCUUUGCUCUGGACCACUCAAAACGACCCAAAGCGGCCCAGGUGCCCAGUGCGAGCAUUGCUAAAGCAGCCGGCAGCUCUCCGAGAGGCAGUGUGAACGGGGAUGGAGUCGCUUCUCCUCAGGCAAAGGAGCCUCAGUCUCUGGCCCAGAAGCUGCAGCAGAAGGUGUCCUCCAUGGAUUCUCUGCUCCGGGGUUCGGGUCGCAGUGAAGGGCUCUUCCGCUCCAGCUCACGGGACAGUCUGGUUAGAAGCUCCUCCAGAGAAUCCCUCACGCUCAUCGGAGAGAAUGACGCCCCGGCGUACGACCCUCCGUCAGACAUCGAGAGCGAGGCGGAAGAUUCGCCCGGCAGCGUGGAGAGUCUGUCUAAAGAGCAGCUCUUGAACCGCCUGCACAGGGUGGAGAGAAGCCUCGGGAAUUACAGGGGGAAAUACUCGGAGUUGUUAACAGCCUACAGAACCGUACAGCGAGAUAAAGAGAAAACUCAGGCCAUCCUCAGCCAGAGUCAAGAUAAAGCCCUGAGAAGAAUAGGAGAGCUCAGGGAGGAGCUCCAGAUGGACCAGCAGACCAAGAAACACCUGCAGGAGGAGUUUGAUGCUGCUCUCGAGGAGAAGGACCAGAUGAUCACUGUGCUUCAGACUCAAGUGUCUCUCUUGAAGAAACGACUACAGGCGCCUGGAGGUCUGGUAUCGUCAGAGCUUGAGACCUCUCAGUCCACGGAGGAUGCGGUUGACGCGACCUCUGACCCUCAGAGCCCUUUGAAAGACGCAGAGGGCAGCGGAGAGCCGGGCGGCCCGGUGGACCUUGAGUUGCUUGAGAAGCGAAUCAAAAGGCAAGAGAGUCUCCUGCAGAGAUGCAAAGAGAUGAUUCGCUCCAGUAAAGAGCGCUCCGCUCAGCUGGGCAGCGAGAACGAGGUUUUACAGCAGCAGCUGCAGGAGAGGCUGCAAGAGCUUGAGAAAAUGAAGGUAUAGAAA